AUCAAAAUUUGAUUACAGAUUGAAUUACCCAACGGGCCGGAUUUGAACCGUGGGCUGUACCUUGGCCCAUGUCUGGUUUAGAUCAUGGUAAUUUCUAUUGUAGACUGAUUAGUGAAUGAAAACUUAAUGGGAAUUUGGUACAAGAUGUUAGCCAUGUUAGCUUUGAUUUCUAUACUUUGCACUGCCUGUUAUACAAAUGUUAAAAUUUGCUGCCUCCUGACAUUUGAGAUACGAAAAGUUCAGAAAAAAGGUGACGCAAUAAUAUUUUUAUAUUUUCAGAAAAAACAAUUGAUUCCAGGGUAACUUCUGAUUUAUAUCAAAUGUUUAAAAGUUGAAAAUUUUAAAUGACUACUCUGCAGUUCGAGAUUUCCUUUAACACGACAGUACAGGAAUUUGAUACUACAGCUCCGCACGUCCAAGAUUUUAAAGUGACAAGUACUUGGAUUAUUGUCCUCGGUGUAAAUAUUUUAUCACUACUUGUAAGCCUUUAUAUAUCUAUCGCACUCGUGGUUCACAACUUCUUAUCAAAUAUCAAUGACAAAAAACAACAAGUAAAAAAACAAGAAAUAAUAUGGAUUGAUUCUCCAGGAUUCUCGCCAGUACGAUCAAAUAAUUUAAAAUUCGAUGCAAAAUCUCAUUUGGCGAAGUUAGAGGGAAUGUGCAUUGCAGGAGCUGUAUUUACAACUUUGAAGAUUGCAUCAGAACAACUACAAUUGUUUCUUGGAGGAAAAUCAGACUUUCUCUGCACUGUUAUCCUAAAGGUUCAGCUGGUUCUGUACUCAUUGCCAAUAUUAGCCAUAUACACAUUUCUUUGGGCGCGUCAAAGGAUAAUGUAUAAGCAUCCAGCAAUAAGUCUUUACAGUUCCAAAAAGACUCAAUUUGCGAGUUGGUAUAUUCUUUUCACACUAAUCAUCGGAAUUUUAGCAACAGCAGUUGUAUUCUUCACUACAAGAUCAUAUAUGAAGUCAGAUUUUGGAUGCGCACUCAAGAAAACAUCAAUUCCUAAAUUUAUACCUUGGCUGAUAUUAAUUGGCACAGCAAUAACUUUUCAAACUUUGCUUUUGGCCUUAUUUUUAUAUCCUCUCGUGCGUCAUCGCCAAAUAUUAAAAAAUGUCCGGAGAGAAGAUCAACUGACGGACACGGUGAAACCUGUCAUAAAACGAGUUUUUCUGGUUACUCUUGCUUGCGUUAUUUCUGAUGUUAUUGCUGUACUAGUCACCUUGGCAACAUCAACCAUUUUAAUCUCGAAUAUCCUUUAUGACAUAAAUCUUCUAGUAAAUAUGUUUGGUAUUUGUCUUUCGUUUGCUGAUUGGAAAAAUCGGUUAUUUCCAUGGAGUAUUUCUAAAACAAAAAAAUCUGAACCUAAUAGACUAGAUGCUCAUGCCACAUAUUCCUGCUAAUGCAAUAGGUACAGCUGUUUUUAUUUAUCUUUUUGUUUAUACUACUCUUAUAUCUUGA